AUGGCGGAAACAUGGGGCCGGCUCCUCCGAGAGCACUACGGCGUGCGCUACCGCUUUUUCCUGGGCGAGGGCAGCGCUGGGGCCUCCGUGGAGGAAAGGCGGAUGCGGCAAGAGCUCGAAGAGCACAAUGACCUGGUCUUCUUGCCUGUCACGGAGGGCUACCGCCUGAACUCCCGGAAGGGUUUGCUCUUCCUCGAGUGGAUCGCGGAACGCGCUGAAGCAGAAUUCCUGCUCAAGACAGACGAUGAUGUCUAUCUGCGCCCCGCGCCAUUAUUCAGGCAGCUUCACAAGCGAAUCCCAGCGCAGUAUGCCUGGGCAAUUUUCGAUUACAUCAGCCCGGUGCCCCGGGACGAGGAAGACAAUUUUUACAAUGCGGAGGAAGACUUUCCCUUCCCCGUCUUUCCGCCCUACCCGCGCGGCGUUGUGCGGGUUCUCUCGAUGGACGUGGUCCGCCUUCUGGCCAAAGCAAGCCAAGAGGGCCGACUGCGAAUGAUUUACGGUGACGACCCAUGCAUUGGGGUCCACCUGCGUCAGCUGCUCUUUGACGCGAAUGAGCCCCUUCCGUCCCUGACGCUGGAUGACUUUGACAACAGAGUCUUUGCCAUGGAGCCCAGCUGUCAUCACAACCUCUGGUCAAAGAUGACCAACCGGACAUGGGCGAUCCACCACGUGAAGCCGGAGCAGAUCCUGUGCAUGUGGUCUGCAGAUCUGGCUGCGGGCUACUACCAAGAUGGUGGGGAAGCAGGUCUGCAGGUUGAUGAGGACCGGGAGCUGAAUGAGUUCCCGGACCUUUGUACCUGUGCCACGGAUGAGUCCUUUUACGAUCGCAGCGACUUGGACAAGCUGAAAGAAGAGACUCAGCGGGUGCUUGACGAUGAUGAGGAGGGAUAG